CACGUCCCUAGGCUCCCCUCCACGCUCCACUCCCCAGUCAGGCGCCGCCCGAGGCCCCCCGCCCGGCACCCGCACGCUGCAGCCGGCCGGCCUGGCCGCGGGCUGCUCCGCUCUCAUCGUCCCUCAAGCCUCCGGCCUCCUCCCCUCCCACUGCUCGCCCCCUCCUCGGGUCCGGCAGCCUCCGCCCGCCACCUGCGGCCCUCGGUCGUCCGCCCCUCCUCCUCGGGGCCGGACGCCGCACGGGCAGGGCAGGACAGGCACGCCGCACGCGGGCACGCGGCCGGCCGCAGGAGUGCCGCCCGCGCCGGAAUCCUUUCAGAUGAACACGGAUCCAGGCGAGAAGAGGCCGUUCGGCGAUCUGGACGACGACGACGAUGACGUCUUCGCUUCCAAGAAGGCAAAGACAAAGCUUGAGGAAAGUGCACCAGGAGCUGCGACAGGAAUGAUUCUGUCUCUUCGUGAAAGUUUGCAGGACUGUAAACAUAGCCUUGCAUCCUGCCAGGUGGAACUGGAAGCUGCCAAAUCAGAAAUCGAGAAGUGGCAUUCAGCAUUUCAGAACAUUCCAGCUCUACCUUCUGGAACUAAUCCAGAUCCUGUUUCAGUGGUUUCAUACCUGAGUAACCUGAAGUCAUCAGAAGAGUCAUUGAAGGAGCAGCUGGAGAAAGCAAAAAAAAGGGAGGCAGCUUAUAUUGUAACAUUUGCAAAACGGGAGCAGGAGAUUGCAGAACUGAAGUCUGCAGUUAGAGAUUUAAAAACUCAAUUAAGGCCACCAUCAAUGCAGACAAGGAGAUUAUUGCUUGAUCCAGCAAUUCAUGAGGAAUUUACACGCUUAAAGAAUCUUGUGGAGGAGAAAGAGAAAAAAAUAAAGGAACUACAGGAUAAUGUUGCUGCUGUCAAUUUUACUCCAUCGAGCAAACUUGGGAAAAUGCUAAUGGCUAAAUGUAGAACAUUGCAAGAGGAAAAUGAAGAGAUUGGGGCAAUGGCAUCGGAAGGAAAAAUCCAUGAGCUCGGGAUGAAAGUUGCAGUUCUGAAGUCUCAGAACAAUGAGCUCAGGAAUCAAUUUGAUGUUUUGUAUAAACACAUGGAUGGUGUAACAAAUGACGUGGAGAGAUCAAACGAAAUGGUGUCUAUUCUGCAAGAGGAGUUGGAAGCCAAGGAUCUAGAGGUGGCAAGAUUGAAGGAGAUGCUUUCCCAGAAAGAAGCUACUCAUGACACAGCAGUUGAAGAAGAGAGAGACGAAGCUGCAAAUGAUAUGAAUACAGUUUCAGAUCCAAUGGAAGUCAAAGUGGAAAGUUGAGGUAGUUUCCCGUAGGGCUGCCACUAGGUGGGUUGUCCUGAGAAAUCCAUAUGUACUCUGCAGCAGGCUUCAAGUGACUAUUUCUUGGGAUACCAUACCGAUGUACCAAAAAGUUUUGAUAUGUCACUCAGUGUAUCUAAUAGACCUUUGCUUAUCUCAGCCUUGGUGCAUGUUUUAUUUUGAUGGGUGGCUUGCAUAACUUGUGAAUCUUGCACUCUUGAGGGCACGAGGAAAAAGGGAAAACUUGCCAGGCGCUGAUGAGGGUA